CUCCUCUCCAGCAGGGGGCGACCGUACAACCAGCGGACACGCGUGAGCGAGGAGGAAGAAGGGACUCCGACAGAAAGGCUUUAGAAUCUGAUUAGCUUAGUCAGCAGAGACGGUGCGGAUCUGUCUGUGUGGAGAUUCAAAAGACCGAAUAAAUAUGAAAAACGAAGGAAUCGAGGGAACAGAACGGUUUCUGAGCCCGGACAAAGGCCGAGGCCUACGGGCGCUGAGGCACUUCGCUGUGGGGGAGCUGGUGUUUGCCUGCCCUGCCUACUCCUACGUGCUGACAGUGAAUGAGAGGGGGGCUCACUGCGAGCACUGCUUCACCAGGAGAGAAGACCUUUUUAAGUGCGGUAAAUGUAAACAAGCCUACUACUGCAAUGUUGACUGUCAGAGAGGGGAUUGGCCCAUGCACAAGCUGGAGUGUGUGGCUAUGUGUACCCACGGAGAGAACUGGUGUCCAUCAGAGACGGUCAGGCUGGUGUCCAGGAUCAUCAUGAAACAGAGAGUUACAACGGAGCGGACCCCAUCAGAAAGGCUGCUGCUGCUUAAGGAGUUCGAAUCCCAUUUAGACAAGAUGGACAGUGAGAAAGAGGAGAUGAACCAAGCGGACAUCACAGCUCUGCAUCAUUUCUACUCCAAACACAUCAGUGACCUUCCUGAUGACCAGGCACUCACUGAGCUGUUUGCACAGGUAAACUGUAACGGCUUCACAAUAGAGGAUGAAGAACUCUCACAUCUGGGCUCAGCUGUUUUUCCUGAUGUAGCACUGAUGAAUCACAGCUGUAGUCCCAACGUCAUAGUGACUUACAAAGGCACUGUGGCUGAAGUGAGGGCUGUGAAGGAAAUAAAUCCAGGAGAGGAGAUCUUUAACAGUUACAUAGACCUGCUCUAUCCUACAGAGGACAGAAAAGAACGGUUAUUGGAUUCCUAUUUCUUUUUAUGCCAAUGUACUGAGUGCACCACCAAAUCUAAGGACAAGGCAAAGAUGGAGAUCAGGAAGCUCAGUUCUCCACCUGAGCCAGAGGAAAUCAAAUCCAUGGUCCAUUAUGCCAAAAAUGUCAUUGAAGAAUUUAGAAGAGCCAAGCACUACAAAACUCCCAGUGAGCUGCUGGAGAUGUGUGAGCUUAGCUUGGAGAAGAUGGGAGCCAUUUUUGCAGACACCAACGUCUACAUGCUGCAUAUGAUGUAUCAAGCUAUGGGCGUCUGCCUCUAUAUGCAAGACUGGGAUGGAGCCAUGAGCUAUGGGGAGAAAAUUGUUUACCCUUAUAGUGUUCACUAUCCUCCCUACUCUCUGAAUGUGGCAUCUAUGUAUCUUAAACUGGGACGUCUGUAUUUGGGGCUUGAGAAGAAGACUCAAGGAGUCAAAGCACUAAAAAAGGCACUGGCUAUCAUGGAGAUCGCUCACGGAAAAGACCACCACUAUGUAGCAGAGGUCAAGAGGGAAAUCGAGGAGCAGAAAUAAAUAAAUGGAGACAAAAGAAGAAACAAAUCACAAAUGCAUGGCAUGCGUCUUGUUCCUGUGUUGCUACUUUUUUUAAACAGUUUUUCCCCUCUUCUUUAUAUGCAUUCUGACUGGACGACCUUUUAUUUCAGCUUGAAUUACUGAAGGCAUUCUUUAGGAAAAGCAAAUUGCAUUAUUUGCAGUGGAUUUGAAUAACAACCACUUGAAGUAUGUGUUUAUAGCAUCACUAUAAAGAUCACAAAGAAUCUUGUCAGUGGGGAAGAAAAUCUCAGCUGCUACCUUUCAAAUGUUAAAAAAAACAAACUACAAAAUUUUUAUUUUGUUCCUCUGAAAAGAAAAAGGAAAACCUCCCAUACAUUUCUUUUUGCCGUAACAGACAAUAGGUCACCCUUUUGACCUGCAGUGUUUCUCAAUUUAUUGUUUUUUGGUCCAUAAAAGCUGGUUUUGUUCUGUGCUCAUAACUGAAGUGUUUGAAAUCAACAACAUAUUUUACAACAGAGAAGAGGUUCUUGAUUGUAGAUGUUUACACUGUGAAAAAAAGACUGUGCAAGAUGGAUAUUGUAGCAGCAAAAAUAUAAUGCAAACAAAUAUGUCCAAAUAAGUUCCUUAAUGGCAUGUUAUUUGUAUAUUGCUUGUUUUAAAGAACCACAAAGUGCUGCAUGUCUGUCCAUCUAUUAUGCAUUUUUCAGUGACUCUUUCUCCCCUUCUGCACACAGCUUGUAAGACUGCUGCCGGUUUAUGCAAGGAAGUGUAAAUUUCUUAAUGUGACUGUACACCAGGGUGCUGAUCUGAUUCCAAAGAAGUGAAACUGAAACACUAAAACUUUGUUCUGGAUCAGAGUAUCCGUCAUGUCAGAUUAAAAGAUGGAACGCUGUACUUCUUUUCCUCAUGUUGUCGUCGUAUGCAGUGUUGUAUCUGUUUAAUGUUCUCUCUGUAAACUCUACAACCUUUAUAUUAUCAAAUAUUUUGGUGAGCUGUAUUGGGGCAU